AGAACAGCGCUAAACCCGAUAUAGUGAACUGCGACGCACGUCUUGUAAUAUGUACUAUGGAUCUCUUACAAAAUAUUAAUCCAAAUGUAGUAUGUGAAACAAACGACAUUAUCGACUGGAAUGAAGAUGAACCAGUAAACUUAAAUCAUUUGGAGAAUGACAUAAGACUUGAUUCCGAUUCGGAAGAAGAUGAUGACAAUAUUACUAAUAUGUCAAACAUAGAAGACAAACUUAUUUCAACAGACCAAGCUUUGCGAUCUGUUAAUCGCAUUAUCCAAUGGUCUGAGGAAAACGGCGAUGCAGUAGAAUACAGCAGAUUGCUCGUGUUGCAUAAUAAUAAAUAA